GGUCAGUUGUGAAAGACCGGUCAAUCGUAACAUAUGUCGGCGUCGCGACGCCGAUCCGAAAGACCGACGAAAUAAUGUGAUAGUUAAAAGUGAGCUUUUCCACACAAAAAGUGAAAACCCAAUAUCGAUACUAAAGAAAAUUAUUUUUGGAGUAGCUAGAACCGAAUAAUAGAUGAUAGAAAGUUUAUUUUUAGUCCAACUUUUUCAAUAAUUAAUUAUAGGCAAUAUAAUCGAAUAUAAGCAAUAAGUAGAUUAGAAUUUCUGGAAUUGGAAGGCUGAAAAAGAGACUGUCAAGAUGUUUUAUUGAAAUUGUUACCGAUGACCGACUUAGCGAUGCCUCCGGUAGUUUCGAUUUCUUCGGACGAAGUCGACGAUGAUGUGGCCUUUAAAGUCCUCAACCAAGACAACCUCCCCAUAACCAUAAUAGGGGAGGCAAUUCUGAAACCCUUCGGCCGCGAAAACCAAAAACAGAAACCGAACGGAAUCGUCUAUCCAACUCGACGCAUUGACACCAACUUGGAAGAAAACAAACAGAAAACCUUUACCAGAUCAAACGGCCACAUCAACACCACUCAAGACAAAAACAACUACAACCUCAAGAAGAACUUUAGCAAUUCCCACGGGAAUUUAACGAGCGCUACAAAAAUCAAACCGCAAGAACAAGUCGAUACAAAAUUCACCAAAACGCUCGACGCUAAACUGCGAAAGCUCCAGAAAGAGUCGAAAAGUAAGAAUGAUAAUGGCAGGAAGCCGUUUGUUACGACGGUAAAGAAGGGGCAGUUUCUGGAGCCGCCCCCGGAAAUAGCCACUUUGAUUGGCAUUAAAGUGGAGGAACCGAAGCAGAAAGAAAUUAAAAAGUUGUACGCGUAUGCAAGCGAGCCGAGGGUGUUGAACAGAACACCGGCGAAGAACGUUCACAAGGCGAAAUGUGAGGCGGCGGCGAAGGCGGCGGCGUGCGUGGUUGCCGGGGUGGCGGGGAUUCAAACCGAUCUAGAUGUUAACAGUAAUGUCAACAAACGAGCUUUGGAUGUGCCUUUGCCUUAUUCGAAUCUCAUGUUCGACCGGCGGAUUUGUAGGGGCAGUAAUUUCGCUCCUACAUUAUCCGGACACAUGCCAAAAUGGAAUCCGAAUUUUGCAUACGCUAGACUUCUCUCGCAGGACCAGGGUGAUGGCGAGUCGGCUGCAGCUCGCGCCGCCGAAGCUCGAAGACGGGCCCUCGCACGGAGAAAAGCCAAAAACCAACAAGUUAGGGCCGCACAACUGCGUCUAGGAUCGCCGCCGCCCGUCCCAGGGAGAAAGCACGAACCCGUCCAAACCGAGCUCUAUCUCGAAGAGAUCUUCAACAAUCCGCCGACCUCGGACAUCUGCACACAAACCGAACUGUUCCUCGAAAGGCCUCUGUCGCCUUACUAUGUCCCGGCUAAAGUGGGGAUCGAUGCAGAAACGCAGAUUUAUCCGGGAGAUUUGUUCGACUUCGAUAUGGAGGUGCAGCCGAUUUUGGAAGUUUUGGUUGGGAAAACGGUGGAACAGGCGUUGAUUGAAGUCUUGGAAGAGGAGGAGUUGGCGGCGUUGAGGGAACAACAAAGGAAGUUCUUGGAGGUCAGGUCAGCGGAAACUGCGGAGGCCCAGAGGCUGGAAGAGAGGGAGAGGAGACUGGCGAAGGAGAAGGACCGGAGAAUCGCAGAGUUUGAAGAUGGGUACCGGCUGCAGAAGGAGAUGGAGGAGAGGAUAGCGGCGUCGGUGCUGAUGCAGGGAUACAUAUCAGAUUUGCUUCCGUCGGUUUUAGAAGGAUUAGAGAACGAAGGGUUCCUCAUGGAUAGUAUCAAACAAGACAUCGACGAGUCCUUCAUGCCUUGGCUGAUGAAGGAAGUCACACACGAGCUGAAGGAUAUAGUGAGCAGUCGAGACGUCCUUACAGAUAUCGUUCGAGAGAUCCUCGAAAACCGCGCCGAAAUCUACAAGGCCUUGAACCAAACCCCGCGCUCCCCGCCCAGCGAAGAAGAAGAAGGGCCCACCCAGGAAGAUAUUGUUCUCGCCGACCAUUUGAAGCUGCAGGAAGAAAUAUCGAAGAAGAUCGCCGAAGAACAAUAACGGAUUACGGAGCGGGAGGGUGGAGAGUCUCAAUUUUUCAAUUUAUUAGAUGCACUAUUAUACACUUAUUGUUUUAUUUUUAUUGUAUAAAUAUUAUUGUACAUGUUGGAAAUCAAUAAAUCUAUUGUUUAUUUACUAUA